AUCUCGAAUCCCUCCCCUCCCCUUUCCCCUCUCCCUUUCUCUUUUGGCUUCUCCAAGGAGAAGAAAACUGUCGGAGAGAGAGACGAAGGCCACAAUCAUCAUCGCCAGUUGUUCUCUAACUCUUCGAGAUAUUCAAAAUCGUCCAGAUCAAGACGGAAUCAUCAGCGGUUUCGGUAGUGGUGGUAGUGAGAACGUUGUGAUAUUAGGAUAUGGCGCAGGAGCAGGAAGGAGCGGUGGUUGAGAGCGGUGAGCCGAAUGAUUCCGCCGCCGCUGCCGUGGCCGCGACUGUAACCGCCGAUAGCGUGAAGAAGAAGCAAAAGGGGUUCUUUUCGCGUUUGUGGAAUGGGUUAUUUAGGGUUAGAGGCGAUGAUUUUGAGAAGAGGCUUCAGUAUAUCUCAAAGGAAGAAGCCUCUGUUUUAUCGAGGAUGAAGCGUAGAUCGAUUACGUGGAGGAAACUCACGAGAAAUCUUAUUGUUUCCUCUGUAUUGUUCGAGAUAAUUGCUGUGGGUUAUGCGAUCUUGACAACAAGAACGGAAGAUUUGGAUUGGAGAAUGAGGAGUUUCAGGAUCUUGCCAAUGUUUCUCUUACCUGCUAUAUCUGCUCUUGCUUAUUCCUCUAUCGCCAGCUUCUCAAAGAUGUUUGACCGCAGAGAUCAAAAGACCUUGGAAAAGCUUCGAGCAGAAAGGUUGGCUAAAAUCAAUGAGCUUAAAGAAAGGACCAAUUAUUAUACUACACAACAACUUAUUCAGAGAUAUGACCCGGACCCAGCUGCAAAGGCAGCUGCUGCAACUGUCCUGGCAUCCAAAUUGGGUGCCGAUUCAGGCUUGAAAGUAUACUUAGGAGAUGAAUCCCAACACGAUCCAUCCUCGGGCAAGAGCAAUGACAUGGAGGUUAACCAAUCACGUGGGUUGAGGAAUCGAAGACAACCAAACACUAAAACCCACGGUUCUGGGAGCACUUCAGCACAUCAUUCUGAUGAUGAGUCUCACCAUUCCGGAACAACCGAGAGAUUUCCUGGCACUACAAAGCAAAACCAGCAGAUGUUGGUUGAACAUUACAAUCCUCAGGGAUAUGCUGCUCCUGAUGGCAGUUGGAUCUCACGCGUUGCGGCUCUACUCGUGGGCGAAGAUCCCACACAAUCAUUUGCACUCAUUUGUCGGAAUUGUCAUAUGCAUAACGGACUUGCUCGGAAAGAGGAUUUCGCAUACAUUACAUACUAUUGCCCUCAUUGUAACGCUCUGAACAAACCGAAGAAUUCAGAUGAGAACACCCUUCUUCCUGCUGUUUCUGCUUCACCGAUGACAGACACUCUGCCAUUGAUUGAAACCAGCGAAGUGGUUAAUAGCAGCAGCUCGAGUAGUGAACGUGGAAAUAGCCCCACACCAGAAAUAAAAACUCCAGAAAUAAAAGAGGAAGCUGCAAUUACUGAGACCGGGACACCGAGCUGAGGAAGACCCAGUGAGCUGAAGAAGAAUCUUUCUUGUGUUGGUGCUACAGAAAAGAGAUUGUGUGUGGUGUGUUUUGUGGAUGUGAGUACUCGUUCAGGUAAAUUUAUGCUAUGAAUUGCUAAUAUCUUAAAGGAGCUUACAGUUUUGAUUCUGGUCUGUUUCUAUACAACAAAGACAAUAGGGUUUUGGUGGGUAAAUAUGCGAUUUUCAUGUCGUAGACGAUGAUUGUUAUACGUUUUUUUGGGGGUUUAUAUACUUUUAAUUCUCUUUACCUUCACAUAUCUUUUCUGUUUUUGUUAUUGUAUUCACUCUUGAAUUUGGAUCACUUUCGAUUUUAAUACUACGAGCCUUUCCUCGUGUUA